GAGAUGACACAUGCGACUGACACCCAUCAAAAUAUAAACAGAGCACGGUGGCCGAGCUCGACACCUACUUCUGUUAGGUGCUGUGAUCGUAAUGGGCCAAUGUCGUCUGUUUUAAGUAGCAGAAGACAGCUCCAAAGAGUCCGUCAGAAGUAGAAACUAGUUGCAGGGAAGGAGAUACUCCGACAUGAUGGCCAACAAAGAGGACAGUUCCACACGCUUAACUGGCUCGGAAAGUUCCGAUCCCAGAAAGGGGAGGGGGUCCCAGCAGGACGGGAGAACGACGGGGUCCGACACAGUGCUCAGCCCUUGUCCCGAGGAAGAGGAAGAGGAUGGAGACAGCAUGGAGGAAAGUGAACCAUAUGGCCUAGCAGAGGAGGGAGAAGAUGAUGGGGAAAGUGGAAUGGAAAGGAGGAUGGAUGAGAGAGAAGAGGGUCGAGUGAGGGAGAGCAGGAAGAGGAGGAGGGAGCGGGAGCCUUCGGAAGGCAGGGCUACCCACAGCUCCUCCAGCUCAGAUGAGGAGGAGGAGGAGGAGGCAGAGGAGGAGAACGAGGUGGAGGAGGAUGAGCGAGAGGUGGAGGCAUGGCUGGCGGCGGACCUGCGGGACCUGGCAGCACCUGCCUGGAGGGCAGUGUCAUCCCUGUGUCAGCGGGAGAUAGGGCGGGGGGCCCAGUUUGUGCGGAGGGCGUGUGGGGCGCGGGGGCUUGUGCAGCGGCUGGAGCUGCAGGGCAGCCUGGAGCAGCACACGGGCUGCGUCAACACUCUGCACUUCAACCCGUCAGGCACGUGCCUGGCCUCCGGCAGCGACGACCUGCGCGUGGUGCUGUGGGACUGGGCCCGGCGCCGAGUCCAGCUGGAGUUUGACAGCGGCCAUAAGAGCAACGUUUUUCAGGCAAAGUUCCUGCCCCACAGCGGAGACUCCAGCCUGGCCAUGUGUGCACGGGACGGCCAGAUCAGAGUGGCCGAGCUGUCCGCCACUCAGCGCUGCAAGGGCACCAAGAGGGUCGCCCAGCACAAGGGGGCUGCCCAUAAGCUGGCCCUGGAGCCUAACUCCCCCUGCACCUUUCUGUCUGCCGGGGAGGACGCGGUCGUGUUCGGGAUCGACCUGCGGCUUGACCGGCCCGCCACUAAAAUAGUGUUGGUGAAGGACAGCAAUAGGAACAUUGGUCUCUACACCAUUUUCGUCAACCCUGCCAACGUGCACCAAUUCGCUGUGGGUGGGAGAGACCAGUAUGUCAGGAUCUAUGACCGGAGAAAGAUCAAUGAGAGUGACAAUUACGGGGUGUUGAAGAAAUUCUGCCCAUCCCAUCUUGUCUCUAGCGAAACCAAAACCAACAUCACCUGCUUGGUGUACAGUCACAAUGGCACAGAGCUGUUAGCCAGUUACAAUGAUGAGGACAUUUACCUGUUUGAUGCCAACCUCCCUGAUGGGGCAGAAUACAGCCGGAGGUACAAAGGCCAUCGUAACGACGUCACGGUGAAGGGUGUGAAUUUCUACGGCCCCUGCAGCGAGUUUGUGGUCAGCGGCAGUGACUGUGGACACAUCUACCUGUGGGAUAAAUACUCGUCCCGCAUCAUACAGUUCAUGAAGGGGGACAGAGGAGGAGUGGUAAAUUGCCUGGAGCCCCACCCCUGCCUGCCGAUGCUGGCCACCAGUGGCCUGGAUCAUGAUGUUAAACUGUGGGCCCCGACCGCCGAGGUGCCGACUGUACUGAAGGGCCUUAAAGAAGUAAUAAAGAAGAACAAGAGAGAGCGCGAUGAAGACAGCAUGCGGUAUGGAUACCGGUAUGACACUCAGCUGCUCUGGUUCCUUAUGAGACACAGGAGGCUGCAGAGGAGUCGGCGGACUGAGGGAGAGGUAGAUGAGUCCUGGAGUUCAGCCGACUCCUCAAACGAAGAGGACAUGGGACCUGACAGCAUGCAAUGCAUGUCCUCCUGAGUAGGAAGCAGAACGACUCUUAUGGAUACACACACACACACACACACACUUAUGUCCUAAUACUAACAUGGCUGACUGACCUACACGAAACAGAUUCUGUGGAUGCAUAUAUAUUAUUUUGAGGAAAUGCUGUUACAUGUUUCAGCGCUACCUGCCACACUUACACGUAAUAAUGAUGACAGAGGUGCACAGCCAGAACUGACAUAUUUGAGACCCUGAGUGAUUCACAGCCAGGUCAAGCCGGCCAUUUUACAGUCAGGUGAUUUGGUUUUUGGAUAUUGGUCACUUCUAAUAAUCACAGCCAAUUCCAAUGUAAGCCUGCCUACAGGGGCUUGGGCAGGUACACAUACUGAAACUUUGCUCUAUCUGUGCAUAUUAUUUUGUCACCCCCUACAGGGGUUAGAACCCUUCCUGUUAACAACAGGCUUUACUGAAAAGAGAACACUCUGGAUCAUCCAAUCCAUGCAGCUGUUGCAGAAAAUGACACACAGCAAUAUAGUUUCAAAAAAUAUAUUUUUAUGUUUAUCCAUUACUUCAAAAUCUUGCUCACAUGCCAGUUAGAAGCAGUGUCUUAAAAAUGUAUUGUCGGUUUAUUUUCCGUUUCCCCAUCAAAGGGGAGAAAGGGGAAGCCCCACCCUGCAAUAUUUGAAGGGCUGUAGACCUUCUUGUAAUUCAAAGGCCUCUUAGGUUAACCUGCUUGGCAUCAUGCAAUUCAGGUUCACAUAUAUUUUUGGGGGGGGGGGUACUAGGAGUGCAUACCGUGGAUGCUGAAAACUCUUUACUUCUUUGCUGCUUCAGCUUCACUUAUAAUAAAAAUGGGUCACUGAUUUUAAAGUUUGCACGUUUCGUGUUUUACCACAAACAGUGCAUGAUCCUUCCUGUGAUCUAGCUGCAGCACAAGAAAAAAAACGGGGUAAAGGGCUUUCAGACCUGCUUGAAUCUGAGCCAUGUUCCCUUUUGUCGAGAUCCAAGAGUCACAUUUUUUUGGUGCAGUUAAGACCUCAGAUUUUUUUCCCACCCUCUGAAACUGUCCUUACGGUCUUUGCCCACAGGGUGAAAUGUUUUUUUUAAGCAAUUUUCAGGGACUUCUAGUGAUCACAAAACAUCCUUUGCAAAUAUCUGAUGUAAGAAAAUAGUUAUUUGUUUAGGCUUCCCAUGAUCCACCUGUGCACCAGAAAGAAAAUGUUAUAAACCAAAUCAAAAGACUGGACUUAGAGUCUAAAAAGAUGUAAUCUUUAUUUUUUCUUUCUGUUAUCAACAUAGUGCUGUAAUGUUUCGUAUUGUUCAACAAAUUCAGGGAGGAAAUAUUGUACUGCAGAUGUUUCUGGUGACACAGCAGUUCAGCUCUUGUGACAGGACUGCGCUUAACACAAGUCGUGUUAAGAGAUUAAAGGGUGAGGUUUCUUUGUAUCCAAGGAAAAAAAAAAUCACACAAAUCUUUGUACUUAGAACUGUAAAGCGGAACUUGAAAAUGUAUAUAAAAUCCAGAGGUGUUUUUUUCUAUAUGACAAAAGAUAACUUGAGAAGAGGAUGGGUAUUGUGACAAGCAUUUGAUGAUGUCCAUAGGAUUUACUUGUUUAAUUAGUCAGUAAAAACUGAUCCGUGUUUCUCCUUUAAACGAUACCUGUAUUUUCACUGAGGUUCCAUUCACAUGUUUGCUUUUACUUGUGAUAUUAACUGGUCUUUGCUUAAGAUGUUCUACGCUUCUCAUGUUUAAAACGCGUGUGGUUUAUUUAGUAAACAAACUUUAUUACUCAGGUUUUUCUGGAGUCUUUUUUUCCAGCAAAACAAAUUAAAUUCAGUGUAAGCUCUGGUUAAGUAGACUGUGGUAUUCAUUUGAAAAGAAAAACACAAAAGCUGUUGAUUUUUACUCAGAAAUAAUUAUUUUGACUUUAUAUAGGUUAAAAAUCAAUAUCAAACAAUUUGCAAAGACAGUUUUGUUCUGCAUGUAAUAAUCUAAUGGAGGAACUAAUACUGUUUUAUAUUCCAGUGUAUUGGUAUCAUUGUUACAUAUGCAAAACGCUGUUAAUCAGGGAAUAAGGGCAAAUCAGGUCUAAAAAGCAUAAGGGCAAUAAAACCCAUGAUUCAAUGCA